AUGGCGUCAAGCGUCUCCUUCACCGGGAGAUACGCGCGCUACAAGCAAGGUACAGACAGGCUCGUGGAGUGGCUCGCGCGGAAAGCCAAUCAGUGCUGCGACAUCACUCUGAUCGUACGCUCCUUAUCACGUUCCAGUUCGCAGAGGGAGAAAGCACUCAAGUCAAUAGAGCUGAGCACUGCUCAGACGCUGUUGUUUGCAGAAGCAAUCGCCGCGGUCAGACCUCCCGUUUAUGUUCCAAGUGAGGUCCUCGACCUUGUUCGAGAAGUCAUCCGCCUACGCCAGCUGUCUGCAGACGAGCAUGCGGCAGACUCGAUCGCACAGAGCCAGGAAAUAAGCCAGUCUGAUCAUGGCCAUCAACACUUCAUUGGUGUUCUUCGGAGGAUCCUCCGCCUUCUCGAAUUGACGCAAACCACGCGACCAGAGUUCACAGAGGAGAAGACAGCGAAAGCAGCCGGCAAGAAGAAAGGCAACAAGAGUGGCAAGAGGGGAAAUAAUGCAAAUACGACAGACCUCGAAAACGUCUUCGAAUGUCUGGACCUAGAAGAUACCAAGUUCGACGCUGAUAGUGGCACUGCCACCACAGCCUCAGCCACGCAUGCUCGAAUUAAUAUUUCGCACAUUGAGUUCAAGCUCGAAAAGCAGAACGAAGACUUGGAAUUUGCGCUUUGGUGCCACCUUGAAGACUUGUACAGCGUGCGUAAGCUUGUUCAUCAAACAUGGAUUGAAUAUGUCCAAGGAAAAAUGAGUUUUGACGCGGCGAGCAUCAUCACAGAGGCGGCUUUUGGGCUAGUCAGAUGUGCUGACGAUGAAUUCGGCGCCCUCAAUCCUCUGUUCGAUGAGUACGACAAGAUCCUGGUCUUUCUGGAUGUGAAGCGAAGCGAUGUUAUGUACUUCGAGGAGAAAGUGGUCCUCUCCUUCAUCAGCCACAGUACGGAUUACUCUCCAAAGCGGAAACAGGAAUGGCCCUCUAACGCGCUCGAGCUACUCUGUCCGGCCGCCGCUCAUCUCAUGGAUCUACAUCUAACGAACUCCGCCCGAUGGGACCUCAACUUCAAGAACCAUAAUACUGGAAACCCCAUGCAGCCUCGGUCAUUGUACGAGGAGCACUAUAUUCCGUACCACAAGUUUGGUGAAGUCAUCUUGAACAGCGUGGGGAGAUUUUCCUUCGCUUGGCUGAGCUAUGAAGACUCUGGUCGCCUCGACGAACUCGUAACGCAGUUGGGGUGUCUUGACCGUUGCCGAACCUGGGCGGUAGUCUCCUUUGCAAUGUACAUGGACGUAUUCGACAUUCUGGGACCGGACAACCCGACAGGUCUCAAGCUAGCUAAGGACUCACUUGCCAAAUUCCAGACCUUGCUCGAGACACAGAAGGUUCGCCAGCCAAGGGAUGUGCAUUCAGCCGUCCUGAAAGACCUGGACAGAGCAGCGCGAAUGAUGGAGCUGGAGACUGACGGGUGGGAUCGAGGCGAUUGUUCUUCGCCCGCCUUCUUCCGACAACGGUCGGCGAAUUUGAAAUCGCAGAACGCGUUCGCUACAGGCUUGGAACGUAAAUUGCCUGUGUACGCUGGUGCUACUGCCUUUGGGAUGAAGGCGUGGAUGAUGAGGAAUCGCGCUUGCCACGGGUCGAAUGAGCGAUCACUCAGCCUUCAUUGCAUGGCCUACCUCUACAAGGUCGCUCGUCGUAUCGGACUGCUGUCACUCGAUUGGCAAGACAUGGAAUUCCUCAUUGCAUCACAGACAGAGGUCGGGCCCUUGGUACCGAAGCUCACUAGUACUUGCAAGGUGCGCCAGUACACUAUAGCUUUUGAAGCAGUUCUUGGUCUGAACACCAAGUUUAAUUUGCGCUUCAAUAAAAAGUUGACAACGAACGUCUUCACGGGAAGCCUAAAGUACAUCCAGGUGGGUGCAAAGUUUAUCGAUGAGUGGCUAGGAUGUACGAGAAAACGCAACGGUGUUUCCACGGGAAAGAUGAUUGAGGUCCUUCUCCAUCAGAUGGCUUCAGAAGAAGCCCAUGAAGCUGGAACGUCGCGAUCCGCAAAGGCAUCCCAGGAGCGCGAGACAUUCACUCCGCAAGAGCUUCUCAGCAUAUUCAAGAAAAGUCUCAUCCGCGAAGAGCCGCUCUUGAACUUUGAGUACUAUGAGUUCUUCCUCGAAUGCGAGAAAGUACUUACACAAAUUGCCGGUGCCCUGAAAGAGAAGCUCCCCAGCCACAUCACCGCUUUGUCGCAGAUCACAUGGAAGAUACUGGUGGACGCCGAGCAUUACGAUAGCAAGGGUACAUUGCCGGCUUCGUCGUGGCUGCAUGCCGCUGUCGGACCUCUCCAACAGAUGAUCAGCGACCACGGCAAGGACUUCGUCAAGAAAGCAUAUGACCAGAGCAGUGGACAUAUUCCCAAGCAUCUCUGGCCGGAGUGCGGAAGACCCUAUUCAGACUUGAAAGCACUGCAGAAGAAAAUGGCCGAGCCACUUGAGCGCGCGGGAACGAGAGUUGCGUACACAGGCAGGCUGGUGUCUAUCCACCAUCCCAAGCUUACCACAUCGGAUAUUAAGCAGCUAGCAAGCAGCGCGCAAGUUCCGGAAGGUCAGGUGCCGCAUCUUCCGAGCUACAUGAUUCAAGAAGAGGACGAUGAUGCCGAGCAUGAGAGCCACGACGCUGGAGGAGACGUGGAAUGGAAAGUUUGGCACCCGUGGGACACAAAGAACGCUGCGGCGCAAUCUCAGGUUGCUCGCGAAGAGACGGAGUAG